CCUAGAUUUAAGUAAAUAACGCAAAUCUUACAAUUAAUGAGUCUUUUGAAUUCUAAAAGAUUGAGAUUAAUAAGAUAAAUUUUAUUUAAAUUGUUUAAAUAAUUUUGAAAUUGUGGUUAAUUUAAUCAAAGCCAUCUCAGGAAUAUCAAAACAAACGAAAAUCAUCUGUUAAUCAUAAAAAAAAUCUAUAACCUCACUUUUAUCAAUCCCGCACUAUUUAAAUUUCCAGUUUCAUCAAAACUAGUCCGAAAAUGAUUCUCCUCGGUGAUGAAUUUCCUAAUUUUGAAGCUGAAACCACGGAAGGAUCUAUCAAAUUUCAUGAAUUUUUAAAUGAAUCUUGGGGUAUCCUUUUUUCACAUCCAGCCGAUUUCACUCCUGUUUGUACAACAGAAUUGGCAAGGCUUAUAAAAUUACACCCUGAAUUUGCAAAACGUAACGUUAAAAUCAUUGCUUUAUCGUGCGAUUCAGUUGAAAAUCACAAAAAAUGGUUUGAAGACAUUAAAAAGUACGCUCAGUGUAAAGCAGAGGAUGUAUUUCCGUAUCCUAUUAUUGCUGAUGAACAACGAAAAUUAGCAGUCCAACUUUCGAUGCUUGAUCCGAACGAAAAAGACUCUGCUGGAUUGCCAUUAACAGCACGAGCUGUUUUUAUUGUUGAUCAAAAUAAAAAAUUGAGAUUAUCAAUUUUGUAUCCAGCAACAACAGGAAGAAAUUUUGAUGAAAUCUUAAGGGUUGUUGAUUCUUUACAAAUUACUGAUAAGUUUCAAAUUGCUACUCCAGCGGAUUGGAAGCAAGGUGAUAAUGUUAUGGUACAACCGAGUGUUCCAAUGGAAGAAGCACAGGUUUUAUUUCCAAUGAUGAGCGAAAUGGCGUUACCUUCAGGGUUGAAAUAUCUUAGGCAAACUCCUCAACCGAAAAUCAAUUAGGUCAUUAGCGGACUAAAAAUAUAAAAUAAAACUUUUCAUAUUUAUAAAAAUCUUUUAUUGAUAGAAUCAAAAAAAUGUUAUACCAAAUAAAAUUCAGUUCCACUU